CUAGAGUGAUGGAAUCCCAUUCAGCAAAGCACUUUGCACACACAAAAGCUCUUGAUUCUCCUUAAACUUGAACAGCUGACAGCCAACAAGUCUUGUACCGUCGUAUUGCUGAAAAAUACGAGCGGCCGCCAAUAUCUAGUGCCACCUCUGCCGGAAGCUACAUACAGUAUCGAUCAUAGACAGGGACAGUGUGCAUGCCAUGCUACAAGAUGGUGGCAGCGGCGGCGCCGCCCCAGCACAGCGUCCGAUCAACCGUUCGCCUGGACGGCGGCGACGCUGUUGACGGGCCGUCCGCCACGUCGCCGAUCCAUGUUGAUCGCACGCACUCCGGGGCCGGCAGGCGUCGGCCGGGUUUCAACCUCUUCUCGGGGACCGCGAGCGCCGCCCUGUUCGCCUCCUUCGCGCUCUGCCUCGUCCUCAUCUGCGCCUACUCCUACGUCGCUCGCCGCCGCACCAUCUCCGGCACGCGCCGCCGGUUCCUCGGGCGCGUGCGCGACCUCGAUCUCGUGCCCGGCCGGCUGUCCCGUCGCGCCAACAGCGAGCCACCGCUCCCUCGCGUCGCCACGGCCGUUGCCAAGACACUGUCGUCCCCUGCCGUGCCGGCCGCCGACUCCAGCUCCGGCCCAGCCGGCGACUGCCCGGUGUGCCUCGAGCCCUUACGCGGCGCCGGCGACGUCACGGCGGCGCACGCGUGCGGCCACGUGUUCCACGAGCCCUGCAUUGAGCCGUGGCUCGACCGACGCGACUCGUGCCCCGUGUGCCGGUGCACCGUCAGCUGCAGGCGUGACGACCCCGCAAACGAAGCACCAAUUGCUUAUGCCGGCGGUGGUGCUCGUCAUCUGCGCGGGACCGUCGUCGUCGUGAUCGCAGCGGAGACGACGGCGUGGUCUCCCGGAUCUUAUGACGACGAGAUGCUGAGACGAUGAUGCGGAGAUCCACCACGCGCGCGCACCGGAGCUGUAAGUGCUCGGUGACUGAGACUGCAGCACUGUUGGCGCUGACGGUGAAAGUGUCAUCAGACAACAAAGUCACUAGUACACAAGUACUGAUCAUCUGUAAUUGAUUCCAUCAUCAUAUAACUCCCUUGCUUUGGGAUGAGUUUGCUAGGCUUACUAGACGAUCAUUAGUCAGCCAGUUGCUUAGACAUACAGUAUUUCUUUACUAGACGAAGUACGAGCUUCGCCUCGCGGCCUACAUUGUGUUAUCACACUAAGUGGCCGUUACAUUAGACUUGAGGUUUCUUUGAUUUGUAUCACAGUCGGGUGUAACUCGCAUGUGUUUUUAGUGUUACUACCCAUGGCGGCACUCCAUGUCUUCUCUAGAAUUCGAUGUCUUCUCUAGAA